AUGAAUCUACGAUUGCAACUCCAAAUUCAGCUCAGAUUUCAAGUUAUCAACCUGAAAUUCCUGUCAACUUUGAAAACUAACUUUCGUAAAAGAAUACUGGUUCAAACUCUAAACAAUAUGGCUAAAAAGAAUUUAAGAACCCAAUUGGGAGAUGCAAGGAAUACGUUCUCUAAGUUAGCUGAAAGAAAUGCACAACAUAUGGAUAAUAUAAGUCUAUCUAUUUCUCAGUUGGCAAGUGAUAUGAAUAAAAUGGCUGAAAAUGAUGAACGGAAAUUAACAAACGAGGAGAAUAUGGUGUCUGUUAUGUAA